CCCAAAUAGCAGUGAUGGUAACAAAAAGUGAAGGAGGACAGCAAGGGUGGACCACUGUGCUGGAACCCUGGGAAAGUGCGGUGGGGAUGUCCUAGUGGCUGCAGCACAGUGAGUUCUGCUCUAUGGGGGAUGCAAACGCCUUUGGUUAAAAUAGGAACUGAGGAGGAAAUGUCAGGCAGGAAAAGAACAGAAUCAGCUGCUGAUCCCACAACAAUUUGGGUAUGUUCCGACUGGGGUAAAAGGACACUUUGGGAAAGGUUGGGGAGCUUUUCUCCCCCGUGGCUCAUCAGCCCAUGGCCGGCCCCGCUCCCAGCUGCUGGCCAAGAUGAGGGCUUUGCGUCGCAGAAAUUCCCCAGGAACACACUGCUUUCAGUAGAAAAGUCCCAGUGGAGGGAUGCAGGGGGACAGCAUGGGGCUCACCAGUGCCACGCACCCCCUUCAAUGGUGGGAGCCCAUCCUGAGCCCUCGGCACCUCCAGAUCCCUCAUCCAGGGAUGCAGCUGGGUGUCCCCGCGAGGCUGCCAGCCCCUUGAGCCCCCCCAUUCUCUGCACAGCAAAGGCCACUUUAUGAGAAAGUGCAGAUAAAAAGCAAGCCAUAUGUUGCCUGUAAUCUCCCCAACCCUCACUUCAAUUACUGCCUCCUCCGAGCCCACCCCGGCCGAGCCUAAGCAAACAAGCCCCUCUGAAAGAGGACCCCGGUUUCCAAUUAAAAGCGUCCUAACUGUUCUCCUCUCCCUAAAUCCUCCCAGGCGAGGAAUGUCCCGGCCCUGCUGCGGGCCACACUGGCCCCCCCGUGCCGGCGAGUUGGGCUGGGGGCAUGCACAAUGUCCCCCACUCUGGCCCCUUCCCAGGUGACGUCAGGGGCAGCCCCAGACAGUCAUUAAUUUCCCCCCUCGUUGGGGAAAGGCUUGAAAGGGAGAGUUAAUUAAAAGUAAUACCCAGCCAAAUCCGGCUCCGCUUCUCCUUUGACACAUGGAGGGAUUUGGGGAGCAGGUGCUGGGGGAAUGGAAAGGGGGGUAGCGAUCGGAGUGGGUUUUUCCCCUUCCCAGAGCAUGGCAGCUUGGGCUUGAGCAUUGCAUGCUGAGCUCAUCCCCUUUGAGACUAGGGAUACUGGGGCAGGCACCCCUUGCUGGGGUGCAAAGGCAUCUCAGUGUCUACAUCAGUGCACGUCUCAAAUCCUAGCAUUUGUUAAACAUCUUCCCCUCCACCAAAAGUAAACUCAAUGGUGAAACUCACAUCCAGAUCCCAAAAAGCCACUUAAACACCUACUGGAAGUUGAUUGAUUGGUGUGGCCAUGGGCACAGUAUCCCUCUUCCUAGGAACCACUGCUCUGGUGCCUUUGGGGACUACCAGUGUUGUGUUGCAUGCGGAAGGUAUCCCAAGAUGAUGAGCACAGGAGACAUCCCACAAAGCAGGAGUGAAUGGGGAUCAUCCUCACACUGCAUCCUCCUGCUAUGGGCAUCAGAUUUGCAUAUGCCCUUGCAUCACAGAGACACCACAGUGCCACAGUGAGACUUGGGCCAGGCAACUCCUUGCAGCCUGCUGAGCAUUGCGUGGUUUCUAACAAGCAACUCAGUUUUGUUAGCAAGUAACAAAUAGUGAGCUUGCUGGAAAAGGCUGCAAGUGAUUUACAGCUCACGAGGGGGAAGGAUGUGUGCUGGCCAACCUCACCUUGGUGGGUGAAGAUGAAGGCGGCAUAUCCAUCCAGCCCCAUAAAAGGACCUGAAUCUUGGUGCCUUUUUGCUGUUUGUACCCAUCCCCAGGUAAAAGUGACGAUGAAGACAGUGUCUGCAAAAUGGGCCCAGCCUCAGCAAAGGGAGCUGAGGAGGGGAAGGACCACAAGCGACCCAAGCGCCCACGCACCAUCCUGACCACGCAACAGCGCAGGGCCUUCAAGGCAUCCUUUGAGGUCUCCUCCAAACCCUGCAGGAAGGUGCGGGAGACACUGGCAGCCGAGACAGGGCUGAGCGUACGUGUGGUGCAGGUCUGGUUCCAGAACCAGAGAGCAAAGAUGAAGAAGCUGGCCAGGAGGCAGCAGCAGCAACAGCAGGACCAGCAGAACACGCAGCGCUUGAGCUCAGGUACCCAACCCUCCCCAUUUCCCACCCAAAAUGCCCUCUCUGGGCCUUCCAAGCCUUCCCGCCAAAACAACCACAUCCCUACCAUGCCAACAGCUCGCUCCUGUCUUGCAGCCCAGCCAAACAGCAGUGGUCCUGGGGGGCUGGAGGGGCUUAUGAACCCCUACACCGCUCUGCAACCACCACAGCAGCUCCUGGGCAUGGAGCAGGUCUACAGCUCCGACCCCUUCCGGCAAGGUCUCACCCCCCCGCAGAUGCCUGGAGACCACAUGCACCCCUAUGGUGCUGAGCCCCUCUUCCAUGACAUGGACAGCGACGAUACCUCACUGAGCAACCUGGGUGACUGCUUCCUUGCCACGACAGAUGCGGGGCCACUGCAGACACGGGCAGGGAACCCCAUCGAUCACUUGUAUUCCAUGCAGAGCUCUUACUUCACCUCCUGAGCAUGGCAGAGUCCUGCAAUGGGACAUUGUCCCAUGACAUUUUGUAACUCGGGAUGCCCAGGGACCCAACAAAUUUUGGGUUGCAUAGUUUCAUGUUUCUCUUAGGAUCCUAGGGUUAGGGGCAGGUUGGGCAGCUGGCGGGUUGGAUUCAGGUUGCCGUGCAGAUGUAGAAGCCUGGAGACGUCUCCCCAGGAUGUGGGGCUGGGUGUACGUGUGUGGCACGCGUGUGUGCAGAGCCGUGCGGCUGUGCGCGGGGAUGUCCCGCCAGAUUGUAUCCACAAAGUUUAUUUCUAAGUCUAUCAGAAAUUUACUGUACAGUGAAAGUAACUUUAUUUUCAGUGUGAACCAUAUUUAAGGAAAUACUCAAUGCACUUAAGUUAUAAGAUGAAAUAAUUUACUUUUUAUAAACGUUAUGUUUAGGUUGCAAAAGCCCAGCGGCAGGGAAGGAACACCUGUUUGUUUCAGGAGGUAGGUCUGGGUUUUGGGGUCGGUUCUUUUCGGUGCUCUCAGGUUACCCCACUUGUUUCGAGAUGAACUCCGCAGCAGGCUCCUCACCAGAAGGGUGGUGGGGACAGCAAGGUGACGGCAUCCUGUCCUUGCCACUCAGUGUGGCUGGUGCUUGGUGCUGGAGCUGGAGACAUCCCCACCUCUCUCCUAUAGCACAGACCCAUCCCAUACCCAGAGGUGGGUGAUGGGGUGGUGUGAAGUCCUGGCUCCGGGAGGCACCAGCCCAUGCUGCCAGGAGGAAGGAGCCCUGCAUCUCCCACCCUACGCACGGGUCCAUCUCUGCAAGUUCUCCGGGUCGAGCUUUCAGCCGACCAUCGCCUCAUCCCCGUCUCGUUUUCAUGCGUUGUGUCCUUUUGUGCUGCUGUUCCCAAAUGAUGUAAAGACAUGCAAUGAAUGGCUGCGAGGCUCAGAACACUGGUUCAUUGGCACAGCUUGAUUUGACACUGAAUGUAGCAGGGUCUGGAGGUGGCUGACCCGGCAGGAGAUGCUGACACUCUGUCAGGAAUCACGUAGCAAGGUGAAAUUAAAAGACAACAAAAUCCCGAAAAAAAAACAAAAACAACAGACAUGUCUGGUCUCUUCUUGUGUGGGGUGUCCUGUUGACUCGGGAGGGAAGGGUUUGGAUAAUCUCCUGAGUCAGCAAGGUGUUGGGUAUCGCUUCUUCUCAUCGGG